CAGGAGACAAGGUGAUACUUCAAUGAUUGACAACAGCAAGAUGUGUGCCUCACGGGUAGAAAUGGCCAAGCCUAAGAGGGCGCGCACAACCAUGGGAAACUGGAAGUACAUUGUCAACACUGGAGACUACUCCCAAUCUCUCAGGCUGGAGAUGUGCUUGAGACCUCAGGCUUCCUGUUCAUAUAUUGCUCCAGGAGUCAGAUCUGAAUGUAUGCAGGUCUAUAACUAUCAUCGUCUACUGACGUGGGACCAGAGUACUGGACUAGCUAUGGAUAUGUUCAAGGUACCGACAUGCUGUUCAUGUCACAUUCAAAACGGGUUCAUGGCGGGGCAAUCACCCCGACCCCCCAUGCCUAGCGGCCUCCCCACCAUGUUCCCUGAUUCAGGACCUGAAAGCAACUUUAUCACCUCAGAACUCAUGUCACAGGCUAUGCAGAGGUUACCGCCUGGGAUGUUGCAGGGCAUGCGCAUGCGAGGAGACAUGCUCGGUCACCACAACAUCCCGAAACGGGAGUCGAAUUCGGGGGGCGCCGGCACCCCCAGGCGACCCCCCCAGGGCACCGUGAUCCACAGGGAACCCCCUCUGCCUCUCCAGGACGAGGCACCCCCCGAGGCUCCACCCCGUUACCCUCCUUACCACAACAAUGUGAGACGGACUUCGCUGAGGAACCAUUCAUCCGACCAGGACAGGCAGAAAAUACGUGGCAGUAUACCAUUGACUCCAAACCAGCGGCAUCCUGAUUUGCCAGCUGAUAAUAUGAUAUCAUCAGUGACGUCACAACAACAUUUGUCACCAGUGACGUCACACCAGCUAGCGGCAGUGACGUCACAACAACAACACCCAUCCCAAAUGACCUCACACUUAUCAUCGGUGACAUCCCAACAGCACCCACUACAUUUCUCAUCAGUGACGUCACAACAUCACCCAUCACAAAUGACGUCUAGGUUACCAGUGACGUCACCACGAUCGCCAGUGACGUCACUAACACCGGUGACGUCACCAGUGACAACGUUAGUGACUGUGGCACCAUCACGUCGCAUAAACUAUAGCUAUCACCCGAUAAUUGACUUUUUCAAAACUGCUACAUCAGCAGUUAGCAAUGAGGAAGAGCGUAGUAUGGAUAGGGCAGACUGGAGGCCGGUUACUGAGGCGUUGUUACUCCAUAGUAAGAGACAGAAGCUGAAAGAAUGAGAGAGAGAGAGUCGAGAAAAUAAGGAUGAAGUGGAAUCACAAGGGGGAUUUGAUGAAUGAAAAAAAUGCCUACAGACUUAUGCUCCACGAACACGCGCAUUUCUCUUUCCAUCAGCUGAUGGAAAUAUAUCUGUAUUCGUAAAGGAACAGUAAGAGCCAGACCAUAUAAGGCGUUUUUUCAGGCGCCUAUACAAUCAUUCGUCAAUCGGAAAGCUUUGUACCCUGCCGACCUCAAACGCCGUCUGAUAACGCCUGCAAAAAAAAACUAAGGCCCGGUUGCACAAAAGCUGGUUAAAUUUUAACCGUGAUUAAUUUCACGAGAGCCAGUCAGAGAAGGGCUUUUAGAUAAGACGGCUCCUCUGAUUCAUUCUCGUGGAAAUUGAUCACGAUUAAAACUCAACCGGCUUUUGUGCAACCGGCACUCAAUAUGGUUUGGCUCUAAGGUGAAAAUAUAAUGAGAAUCAGUUGAUGAAACGUGAAAUGAGCGCAUAAGUCUGUAAGCCCCUAAAGAAAGUAAUGAUAGAAUUGGCGAGAAUGAAGAAUAAACUGAAAUAAGAGAAAAUGAAGUUGAAACAAGUAAUAUUAUUAGAAGGAUUACUUUAUACUUUGAAAAAACAAAUAGAGACUUGAACCACUACCUCCGUAAACAAAGCCAUAGUACAUUCUGGUGACGUCAGCAUAGGUAGGGCUCCUACACCAAUGAAAACACUAGCUGAUAUAGAUCAGCUGAAAUCAACGAAUUUUUAUUGGUCUAGGAGCCCUAUCUGUGCUGACGUCACACGAAUGCACUAAUGCUUUGUUUACGGAGAAGUGCUUGAACCAAAUCUGUUCAACCAAAUUGUGAGAGAUUUCAAUCUUACCAUACAAGCCCAUAUACUAUAGAUAUAUUUAAUAUUUGACAACACAGUCAAUUUUGAAUAUAGUUGUUAACUAUGAUAACAUAGUUGUUGUCAAUUUAGAAUAUAUCCAGUCUGCUCAAUUCACCCUGAAGAAACAAAAAUGGAGUCACUCAUGUUAUGUGACAAAAACAGAGAAGAAGAGAGUGUAUUGGUACGCCUGUACUAACAUAAAAACAAAUAAACAACGCGUUUCAGCGUAAAUGAUGAAAAAGUACCUAAUGAAUAAUUCAGAUUGAAUUUCCAUCAAGCUGUUUACCUUGUUGUCAAUAUUUGCAGUAGUAGAAGUCUUCGGGGGAUUUACAGCAUUUGAUUUGGAUUUUCGUUUGAUAAUGAUUAUUAAUUAAUUUCAUUCAAAUGUUGAUAAAGCUGGAAAAUAAUAAUUAUAUAGUUUGGGAAUCAUUUCAACGGUACAGUUUAUAACGCAUGAGUAGUUUUGAUAACAUACAAUAAUAUUAAUAAUUAAAAUAUGUUGUGCUUGCUAGAUUAUUAACGAACUCCAUCUAUGUAUUGCUUGCCAUCAAUUUAAUAACUGGAAUAAAUGUUUGUUAUUCAUAACACUAGAGUGUGAGAUUAAUUACUUUUAACAUAAAGAGGAGAAACCCAUUUCUCCCUCCACAGUUUGUAGCGUGGACACAGACGGACAUCUUGCGCUCAAUUGGAUGCGCCAUCUCAUUUUUCUUCAUCUUCUUGUGAUGAAAACAUCUCUGUGACAUACACAAACCAAUAUACCUGUUGACCAGUACACUACUUGGAACAUUGCCAGUGGAGGGGAGUGUUGCCGCGUCGCGUUACAAAGCUCUCUCACUCAGACACAAAAGAAGGAGAAUGCUGCUAGGUAGUGGGAGUGAUUAGUGGAGGAUAGAGCAUCGGACCUCUCCGUCUUCGAGAAAGAGCCGUGUUAAAAGUAAUUUAUCUCGCACUUUAGUUUACUUGUAGCUAGUAGCUGAGUUAACAAAGACCAUCUUGAAAUUUGGUACAAGAACGACCUUCUACCAUGGGAUAUCUUCUUAUGCUAUAUUUUCUCUAUAGUAUAAUGUACAUUCUUCAACAAGAAAGUAGUGAACAAUUUUUGUACUGGAAAAAAACGUACGCUUUUUCUCGAGAUAAUUGCUAUAUAUUGAUCUUGCUCUCAUUUAAUUUAUUAUGGAAAGAAAUGUAUGUUUUUCGAUUAAUGUAACUGACAAUAUUCUCACAACUCAUGACAGCCUAAUUUAUUUAUUUGUUAUGUAACUAAAGUCUACUUUAGUAUGUAAUUGUUACUUUUGUUUAAAUGUACUUAGGAGAAUAAUUAUUGUUUGUUCUCAUACUGUGUGAACACUGUAAAUAUUUUUUUAGUUGUAAAUAAUUUAUUGACAAGUUGAAUAUAA